AUGGUGCGAGCGCCCUCGCCUUCUUCUCUCCUCUACGCUCCCCUGCUCCUAGUGGCUGCGCUGGUCGGGCAGUACCCGGCGGGCUCGCUGCGGGUGGCGACGGCGCAGACCGUGGCGGCACCGGUGCCGGUGCGCGUCGGGGUGAUCAUGGACUGGGCGACCAAGGCGUCGUCGGCGGUGUCGCUGAGGCGGCGGACCGGCAUUGAGAUGGCGGUGGAGGACUACUACGCGGCGCACCCGGGGUCGGCCACCAGGGUGGAGCUCCGCUUCGGCGACUCCAAAGGGGAGGUCGUCGGCGCCGCUUCCGCCGCAUGGUAG